UAAUAACUGUUUUAAAAAUUUUUUUAUUAAAUCUUAUAAUAAAUUUUUUGACAUUAUAAACAACAAUGAAAUUACAUAUUUUAUCAACAUUUUUUAUUUUGGUGUUCUUCGCAUUUUAUUUGGAAGGUGAUGGUGCUAGUUCUUCAAAUGGUGAUGGUGCUAGUUCUUCAAAUGUUGUAGAUGAUGAUGGUGAUGAUUCAAAUUGCCCUAUUUGUAUGAAUACGAUAAGCCCCGAAACUUUUAUAACACGAUGUCUACAUAAAUUUUGUGAAGAAUGUAUGAACUUAUGGUUACAACGUAAAAAUGAAUGUCCAAUAUGUCGAACUCCAGUCUAUGAAAACAAUGGUAUAAGAUUUGAUGCUAACGAUCCAUUACGUUUAAAUACUGGUGCUAAUUUCUCACCACUAGGUAUAAGAUUUUAUACUAACGAUCUAUUACGUAUAAGCUAUUAUGCUAACGAUCCAUUAAGUUUAAAUACUGGUGCUAAUUUCUCACCAUCAGGUAUAAGAUUUGAUGCUAACGAUCCAUUACGUUUAAAUACUGGUGCUAAUAUCUCACCAUCAGGUAUAAGAUUUGAUGCUAACGAUCCAUUACGUUUAAAUACUGGUGCUAAUUUCUCACCAUCAGGUAUAAGAUUUGAUGCUAACGAUCCAUUACGUUUAAAUACUGGUGCUAAUUUCUCACCAUCAGGAUUUAACACAAGUUCCGAGGAUGUAAAUAUGCAUGACUUGGAUAACAUAAGUAUUGAAGAUGAAAUUAUGCACAACUUGGAGAGCACAGAUUCUGAAGAUGAAAUUAUGCAGGAUGUAGAUGAUGGGGGUAGUCCUUCAAUAGAUGGUGUUGAUGGUGGUAGUAGACCUACCAUCAAUUGAUCAUUGAGGACCAAUUUUUAAAAAUUUUCUGCUCGAUAAUAAAAAAAUAAUUCAAGUUUUAUUAUUAGACAAUUGACAUAAAUAAUCCAAUCAGAAGUAUGUUUGUCAACAAAAGAAUACAAAAUUCUAAUAUUGAUUAAUUAAUUUAAUUUACCAUUUACUGAUUUAUUUAUUAAAAAAAUUACUAAUUUAAUUUUAAAAAUUAUAAAAUUUUGAUUUAUUUAUAUUUUUAAUAAGAAUUUUAUUGAUCUCCUAAUAUUUGAUGUUUCACAUCUUUGAUAGCAUCAUAAUAUCU